GCGAGGUACCGGAGGGGGGAGUGUGGACCGCAGACGCGCUCUCUCCGCUCUCAUUAUAACACACGCCCCGCGGCGUCCCCCCCCCCCCCCCCACUCAUUUCCACGCGCUCUGCGGGAAUUUGCGGGAAUCCGUUCGGAUAAGUAAACAAGCGGAGCACGAAGAGGGACGAGCGCAUGAAGAGGUGAAGCUGUGCGCGUUGCUGUAGGAUGGUCGUGCGGCUUUUCAUCGCCUCCUCCUCCGGCUCCGUGGUGAUCAAGAAGAGGCAGCAGGCCAUCGUGGGCUUCCUGGAGGCCAACCGGAUCCCCUUCGAGGCGGUGGACAUCACCAUGUUGGAGGAUCAGAGGCUCUGGAUGUACCGGAACAUUCCUGAGGACAAGCACCCUGAGAAGGGGAACCCACUGCCCCCGCAGAUCUUCAGCGACCAGCAGUACUGCGGAGAUUAUGAGGAUUUCUUCCAGGCCAAAGAGAACAACACUGUGUUUUCCUUCCUCCGGCUGCCGUCCCACCCUGCCAGCCAGGACUCCAAAUCCUAGACGUCCCGCGUUCGUCGAUUCUGGACAGUUCUGUCCAACGUCCCAACAUCCCCAAACACGUUGUCCCUUCCUGUUCCUGCCGCCGUUGGCCAAACCUUGCCUUGUCCCUCGCCACGCAAAGGACUGGACCUAAUGUAUGUAGCAGCUCGCCUGUGAUGCGACUUGCACUUUGGGGGGGGUCCAGCACUAAGAGGAAAGUCCCCGGACUACCAACCCCCCACCCCCCAAGGUGUCCCCCACACAGCACUGUGGAUUCAGCACGAACCUCAGGUCAGAAUCGUGGAGCGGGAGGAGUGUGAGGAGUGUCCAGGCACCGUCCUCGGUCCCUUUCCAUUUGUCACUGUGGCUGUUUUCCCAGAAGGCCCUGCGUGUUCCUCACACGUGCUCUCGCCGGACUGCUGAAGCAGCACAGAAGGUGUCGUGUCACGCUGUCGCAAUGGAACACCACACACGGAGUGCGCGGGCACACACUCUCUCUCGCUCGCUCGCUCGCUCACUCACUCACUCACACGCACACAGAGCAUGCAAGCAGCCUUCUGUGCUUGUCCUUCGCCUGAGAGAGUUACAUGGACCUGGGGUGGCUUGCUAACACAUAAAACACCACACACACACACACACACACUCCUUCUCCAUGUUUCCUUUUCCAGUUUCUAAACAGAUUUCCCGUUUGCUGUCAAGGUUCCUCACAGUUCAGAGUAUCUCAGAUUCCCACCUUUCGUUGCGACUCCCCAGCCCAGGUGUAACUUACCCCCAGGGUGUGUAUAGAAACUCGCCGAUGUGCGUUUGCGGCACCCGGAUCUCCGGUCACUCUGGUUAGCCGCACGUGGUCAUUAAGGCCACUUGUGCUGCUGGAGUCCGUUGUUCUCGCAUGUGUCCAGGGCACACGGGGACACGCGGCGGCUCUCUGUCCGUCACUUGAUUAAUAACGAAAGGAGACGGCGAGCUGCUCCGUCGGUACGAAACGGGGACCGGAGCGAAUGGGAACCCAGCAGUUCGGUCACUUAACGUCCCGCUCAACGCAGCAGCUGAGACAAUCGGUCAGUCACUUGAUCAAUCGGUCGAUCGAUCGAUCACCAUCGGGUCCGCUUAGUGUCCCGAUGGCACCGAACCCAUGAACUUGGCUUUUCUACGGCCCGUUAAUUCAUCUCGAGGUUCGCCGCUUGACGACGACGUCGCUCGCACUUCGCCGAACCGAAGCGAGACGCCGAACCCCACUGUGCGUGUUUAAUGCAGUAAUUUCCCACUCCGUACCUUUCGGAUGUAGCCGAAACUGCGAGAAGGUAAAUAUCGCAUAAAUCCUUUCGAUAAUUUCCAGCGAUCGGGUCAAACCGUGUGACACAUAUGCAAAUGAAGUGAUAUAAGUGUAUUAUGUGCUUUCUGUGUUAUGAGCUGCGACCGGAAGCCCUGCAUGUCUCGCUGUCCGUCUCUCCUGCUUGUGUACGGAAAGGAAGGGGUCGGAGGGGGUCGCGUCGCGUCUGGGUGGGAGCUGCGGAGGAUGUGCCUUAACCGCUGUUGUAUCGUGUCGUCGUACUGCUCACGUGGUGAUGUUGUCAGCUUAGCGCCGCAUGAACGACCAAAGCGCCCCAGCCGGGGGGGCGGGGGGUUGCCCUCUAGUCACUGUGAUGCAUCGGUGUGUCUCCAGCGUGUGUCUGCAAUACAACAAAUAAAGGUGGAAAUGAA